AGCGAGUCGGAGGGUAGCAAGAAAAAGCGCGGGGCAAGAAAGCUGGACAGGGCUGUCGCAAAGCAGCAAGAGAUGGCGUUUUUCAAUCCUCGCCUAAAAUUGAAGGACAACAAAGUUGUUUCGGCCCCGGCUCACAUGCCUGCGCAGCCGUGGAUUACGAUGGGCAAUAUCCCACACGACGCUAUCAUCCCCAUCUUGACGGAAGUUGUGUCCAAGCAGAUCUCCCUGGAAGAGAUGGAGAGGAAGUUCAAGGUCGUGAAGAAGUUCGGCUACGUUGCAAAAACCUUCCGGGAUGGUGUCAAAUGCAAAGACUUCAAAACCGCAAAGGAGUUGUAUCCUUUGCACACCAAGAAGGAGGUUCUCGAGCCAUUCAUUGGGAGUUUUGAGAGGCGAGGGGAGAAACCCACUGCUUUGCUAAAUCACAUUGAACGAGCUAAGGAGUGGAGGAAGAUGAAGGACAAGAGGAUUAAAGAUGCACAAAGAGCGAGUCACGAUUUCUUUCGAGCGCAUUCCCUGGACGACCCUUUUGCGGACGGGACUGACAUGAAGUACGAAGGGUAGAGUGACAUUGUCGCUGUGCUCCAGAAUGUCAAGGAGGUUUCGAGUGCAUCGCUCUGGACAGUCGCUGCUUUCUGCUCUGUGGACAUGUUAUCCUCAGUGAGGUUCGCGUUUCUGAAAAUAUGCAAUCCUGGUCAAAAGCUUGUCACGUGGUGCAAGCCGAACACGACGAAUCCCGGUGGCCCGAGACUUGUCAGCGCGACGGAGUUCUGCGUUCCGGGGAACUACAAUGUGACAGACCAACGUGAGAUGAUGCAUGACAACUUCGCUCCCACCGAUCCCCGCCACAACUUCCAACUUUUUGAUGAGGUCACGCGAAAGUUUGUGCACCCGGCUGAUGGCAAGGUGCUUUGUUCGUACCAGAAACCUUAUGCAUUGUAUUCCUGGUUGGUCACAAAGUUCUCUCUACCAGGCGCCACCGUUUUGGAUGGCUUUUCGGGCUCGGGUACGGGGCCCAUUGCUUGCGUGAUGGCGAACAGGAACUGUCUUGUUGUGGAGUUGGACAAGCGGUGUGCGAAGGGAAUCUGCAUGAGGCUGCUCACUGACCUCGAAGGGACGUUGCAGAGAGAAAAGCCGAAAGAGGGGAAGGGCAAGUCAAAGGAACAGCACCCUGAUGCGGACGUUGAGGUGUCUGGGGAUCACGGCCUCGAGGAGGAAGAGCAACAUGUUGAGGAAGCCACGGCGAGGGAGGCUUCCGGCCAGGAGAUGACGCAGGAGACAUGGGAGCCCAUGCCGGGAUUGAUUGCAACCGAAGGCAAUCUACCGGUAGGCUCUGACCAGCGUAAGGAACCGCCGGUGGCAGUACCUCCAGAGGAGCAGCUGGCACAAAGCCAGGACUCAAGUCAAGCCACAGGGGUAGAAACACGAGGUCGUAAGAGAAAGAUCAGAGGAUAGGAGGCUGUCAGUUCCUUGUGAUGGGUCUGCGCAACAAUGCUCGGCCGCGU